AAUAUCUCAUGUAUACAAAUUUUACGAAAAUCACAUUUUUGUAUUAAAAAUUAUAUAUUCUCUUUGCGUUUCAUUCCAGGUUAUAACCAUUAUUGAGGUAAUACGCUUAUUUUCCCUCCAAGCAAUGUAUUUGUUUACAUCGUAUUUGAUUGUUGUAUCGUUGUAUGUGAUAUCACGUAACGACCAGUCUUGUCUCUUGUGUACGUCUUGUAUUUUAUGGCUCCAAUAAUUAAUUAAUAAUUAAUGGAGAACAGCUUAUUCAAGAACAGUGAUUGAAAAACAAUAAAGAAGAUAUAAUUUAAUAUGGAACAAUUAAGAACAACUGUAAAUGAUUCCACAGUAAAUUCCAAGUACGGUCAUAUAUCAAACAGUUCUAUUGUUUGUUAGCUCCACUUAUUAGACGUGAUCACCAACUCAUUCGUUUCAAGAUGCUAUCUAAUACAAUAAUUAAAAAGGAAUUCAUUGAUGAAACAGACCAUAAUAAUGAUAGUCAAUCAUUACAAUCAGAAAUUGCAUGUGAAACUGAAGAAAAAGUCAACUCAAAUGAUAUUGAAAUAAAAAUCGAAAACGAUGUUAUCGAUGGGUAUGAAUAUAAAAGUAUAAUAACUAUCGAAAACAACUUUUCGGAAUUGAUUACUCGUUUGAAUUCGGAAAAAAACACUAUAUUAGAAGAAAAUACUUUAACAUGCAAAAUUUGCUGUGAAAAAUUUACUGAUGAAUUAAGUUUGAGAAGACAUAUGAAAAUAAAUAAUAGAAACCCCACGUUUACGUGUGAUAAGUGUAAACAAUCGUUUCAUCAUAAGGCACAAUUCAUUAAGCAUAUUUUAAAUCAUACAGAAAAAAAAUCUAACAAAUGUGGUGUUUGUAAUAAAAUUUUCACUAACAAUAAAUAUAUGAAAAUACACAUGAGGAUUCAUACUGGAGAAAAGCCGUAUAAAUGUGAUACAUGUAAUCAAAAAUUUGGACAUAAAGCAAGUUUUAAUGUUCAUUUGAAAAUGCAUACCGGGUUAAAACCUCACAAAUGUGAUUUCUGUAAUAAAUUAUUUGGUUUAAAAUCACAUUUGAAAAGACAUUUGAUAAUUCAUACAAGUGAAAGAGAAAAGCCAUUCGUUUGUGACAUUUGUAAUAAAUCUUUUUAUAAUAAAUCACAUUUAAAAAGACACAAAUUGCUUCAUUCUGCAGAAAAACCUUAUAAAUGCACUGUCUGUAAUAAACAAUUUUUUGACGUAACCCGUUUAGAAAUACACUCAAACAUUCAUACUAAUGAAAAACCUUAUAAAUGUAAACUUUGCAGUAAAUCAUUUAUUUUAAAAACUGAUUUGACAAGACAUAUUAUAAUGAAUCACUCGAUGUUGGAACCUCCCAAAUGUAUAGACUGCCAUAUGACAUUCAGUAAUACUACAAAACUAAAGUUACAUAUGUUAGUUCAUACAGAAGAAAGGCCAUACAAAUGUAAUAUCUGUAAUAAAUCAUUUUCUGUAACUACUUCUCUAAAUUUACACAUGAAAGUUCAUACCGGAGAAAAAUCUUUUAAAUGCAAAGUAUGUGAUUAUAGCUGUAGAGCAUCGUCUGCCUUAUUAGUUCAUAAUAGAUUUCAUACGGGAGAAAGGCCCUACAAAUGUGAUUUAUGUAAUCAAGCAUUUGUUACUCGUUCAUUUUUGAAAACGCAUCGAAUGAAACAUACAGGAGAAAAACCUUAUAAAUGCGACAUAUGUUCUAGAACAUUUAUUCUGAAAACUGGUAUGAGAAGGCACAUUAUGAAUUAUCAUGAUAAAUUAAAACCUUAUAAAUGUAAUGUUUGUAAUAAUUCAUAUACUUCAGGAUCAAAUUUAAAAAAACAUAUGAGAAUACACACUGGAGAAACCCCUUUUACUUGUGGUAUCUGUAAUCAAUCAUUUCGUACUAAAGCACUCAUGACAACUCAUAUUACAAAACAUACAAGAGGAAACGAUUACAAGUGUAAAAUAUGUUCGAAAACAUUUCCUUUUAAAUACAGUUUAGAUGUUCAUAUGAGAAUUCAUACCGGCGAUGAGCCAUAUAAAUGUGAUAUAUGUUAUAAAAGAUUUCGUUUUAAAGCAUCUUUUGAUAUUCACCAGACUAUCCAUACUGGAUUGAACACUCAUGAAUGUGAUAUCUGUA